AUAUUUUGCUAUAGUGCGACUUGCAAGUGUGACUGUGUCGUUAUCUGUCAAACAGCAAGAAAAUGACAGUUCACAAUUUGUAUAUAUUUUCACGAAAUGGUCAAUUGUUAUUUUACACGGAAUGGAAUAGAUUAAAUAAAUCAGGAAUGACACAAGAGGAGGAAGCUAAACUAAUGUACGGAAUGCUUUUUUCAAUAAAAUCGUUUGUGAAUAAAAUAUCGCCUUUAGAUCCAAAAGAGGGAUUUCUUUAUUACAAAACAAGUAAAUAUACUCUUUACUGUUUUGAAACAGUUUCGGGAUUGAAAUUUGUUCUUAACACUGACAAUGGAGCUCAAAAUGUUCGAGAAUUAUUACAACAAAUUUAUAGUCAAGUGUAUGUAGAAUUCGUAGUAAAAAAUCCACUUUGUCAACUAAAUCAACCAAUUCAGAGUGAAUUAUUCAGAACAAAAUUAGACGAAUUGAUUAAAAAAUCUCCAAUUUAUUUAAACCGAUCAUUGUAACUUCCUUUAUGAAUAAAUUAUAUUAUUUUUUAUAUAA